UUGACAUUUGACAAUUAUUGUCUCUCUUUCUCUCGAUCUUCCGAGCUUCAACCAGCAGAAAUCAUGGUUUUAUUUUCGGAUGGUAGCUCAAUUGCCACUGACAAAAGGCACAGAUCGUAUUUUCCUUUCAUCCGAAGGCUCCAUGUAAUUACCAAUCGCAAGGAGACUAACGCGGAGCUCCGUAAGGUCGACGUGAUAGAAGAGAAGCCAAGCGAGAUACAAGUAGAAUGGGUGAUCUCUAUCCAGACCCGGCCCUUGACACAUUCCUAUGAUACGUAAGUAUGAGACCUCAAUUUUCUGAAGCCUAUUCUGUAAAUUUUUUUUGUUUCUUUUUUUAGUUAUAAAACCUCAAUUUAAAAGGUAAUUUCUUUUAAAUGCCUCAUUUUUUUAAUUUGUUUUUAGGUGAGGCCUCAUUUUAAAAAUUGUUUUGAAUUGAAGCCCCAUUUAAAAAAUUGUAUUGGACUUACCGAAAAAACCAUUUAAAAUAAAAUAUUAUCAAAUCCUAUUUUAAAAGUACAAUUUUUUUCGUACUGGACCGACACUGUCUCUAUCAAAGAAAAGAUGGUAAAGGGACAGAGAACUGGGACAAGCUAUGUAUCUACAGAGUUCCACCUUACCUACUAGAAAACGACAAGAAGUCCUACUUUCCUCAAACCGUCUCUCUUGGUCCGUACCACCACGGCAAGGAACAUCUCCUGCCCAUGGAGCGUCACAAGUGGCGUGCCCUCAAUAUGGUCAUGACACGUACCCAGCAUAGCAUCAAAAUGACAAAAUGUAUAUUGACGCCAUGAAAGAUCUGGAGGAGAAGGCUCGUGCUUGCUACCAAGGCCCUAUUGAUAUGAAGAAUAGUAAUGAGUUCACAUAAAUGCUUGUUGUUGAUGGCUGUUUUAUUCUCGAGUUCUUCAGAGGAAGCGUUUUAGGAUUCACUGAAAUCGGAUAUGCACCCAAUGACCCGGUUUUCGUGAUGCGAGGAUUGAUGCAUUCGAUCAAACGAGACAUGAUAAUGCUGGAAAAUCAACUUCCUAUGUUCGUACUCAGCCGUUUGUUAGAGCUACAGAUCGGUACACAAAACCAAACCGGCGUAGUGGCACAGUUACCAAUUCAAUUUUUCAAUCCGUUAAUGCCAACAAGAGAGACGCUGACCAGAUCGGAAAGUUCGUUGGACUGGCAGGAAGAAUCCGUUGAACAGCAGGCUUACAACGGUGAGCUACACUCUUUGCAUGUUUUCCAUGGAAGCCUCAUCCAGUCUAGUCGAACUCAACAGGAUAUGAGCAUGGUGGACAAGCGCGAGCAACAACCGGUACAUUGCGUGACAGAACUAAGACAGGCAGGUAUUGGGUUCAUGAGAAAGAAAACCGGUCAGCUUUGGGAUAUUGAAUUCGGAAACGGUUAUCUUAGAAUACCCAAACUACUAAUCCAUGAAGGUACCAAGUCUCUCUUCUCAAAUCUUACAACUUUAGAGCAGUGCCAUAUCCACUCAAGCAAAAAAAUAACAUCUUACAUAAUUUUCAUGGAUAAUCUAAUAAACUCUCCUGAAGGUGUUAGCUACUUGCACCAUUAUGGUAUCAUCGAGCAUUGGCUAGGGAGUGAUUCUGAAGUUGCGGAUUUGUUCAACGGGUUAUGUAAAGAUGUGGUUUUUAACCUAAAAGAUAGUUAUCUAUCUCUGAUAUAUCAUGGUUUUUACGGUUUUUAACCAUGAUAUAAGUGUGCUUUUGGAGUCGUUUGAUUUGUUUUCUACGAUGUUUUAGAGUCUUAACAGGUUUUCUAGGAUUUUGACACGAAUGGAGUGAAGUGAAGCGAUUUGGACCAUUUUGGAGCAUUAAUCCGGAAGAAACGAACUUGGAGUCGAAUCAGAGUGAUGGUGUCGAUCGACACCACCUUGGUGUCGGUCGACACCCGGUUUUA